AUGGCGAAAAGGUCGAAGGCCGGGCCUUUAUACAUCGUUGAACACCUGGAGGAGGGCCUAGGUGAAUGGUGUCGCCUCGAGUACAAGCACAUGGCCUCGUUCGUGCCACCGGAGCAACUGGUCUUUGUGCGAUGGCCAGCAGAGGAGGACGUCACUCAAUUGGUGUCCAGCGGGGCGGCACCGAAAGCCAACACGAAGCGUUUGGAGCAGCUGGUGCCACCUGCUGAUUGGCCAGGUGCUCAGUUCGUUCACUCUUGA